UCGGGUCGAGUGAUAGCUGAGGGUCUCAGGCCUGACACAACGAGUGUGGCAAAGGUGAUGACGCGGAACCCAGUUUUUGUCAUGUCCAACUCACCAGCCACCGAGGCACUGCAGAAGAUGGUCGAAGGCAAAUUUUGGCAUCUUCCUGUAGUGGAGCAUGGUGAGGUCAUUGCAAUGUUGGACAUUACCAAGUUCCUCUGCGAUGCAAUUUCAAGAAUGGAAAAGGCAGCAGAGCAAGGCAGUGCUAUAGCUGCUGCUAUGGAAGGGGUCGAACGGCAGUGGGGAAAUGAAUUUGCAGGUCCGCACACGUUAAUAGAAAAUCUUCGAGACCACAUGUUCAAGCCUUCCUUGUCAACUAUCAUAACUGAAAAUAGCAGUGUUCCAUCGGUGUCUCCAUCGGAUCUGGUAAUUGUAGCUGCCAAAAAGAUGAGAGAGUACCGAGUUAACUCAGUGGUUGUCAUGACAGGGAACAUGCUGCAAGGCAUUCUCACUUCCAAGGAUUUGGUUUUGCGAGUAGUGGCACAAAAUCUGUCCCCAGAGGUGACUCUCGUAGAAAAGGUCAUGACUGCAAGUCCUGAUUGUGCUACAUUGGACACAUCAAUCCUCGAGGCUCUACAAUCAAUGCAAGAUAGAAAAUAUCGUCAUAUUCUUGUUGCGGGCAAAAGAGGACAGAUUGUCGCCUGUUUGGACGCUCUAACGUUAACCCACACAUCCAUCUCCAUGGUCGAGGGAGCCCCUGGACCAAACGAUGUGGCAAAUACCAUGGUUCAGAAGUUUUGGGAUUCAGCACUUGCCUUGCAUCCUGCAGAGGAGAAUGACUGGCAUAGUGACGAAUCUCGUACGGUAGCCUCAGAUAGUGCUGAAGGAAAGCAAACACCCCCUCAUGUUGGCAAUGCAUUCUCUUUCAAAAUUGAAGACAGAAAAGGGCGGAUGCACAGAUUCAGUUGCGUUUCAGAAAGCUUAGACGAGCUUGUGUCUGCUAUUGCAUACAAAUUAGGAACAGAAAACGAGAAGGGGAAUGUAAACCUUCUGUACGAUGAUGAUGAAGGUGACAGAGUUCUUCUGGCUACCGAUGGUGAUCUCGUUGCAGCGAUUGAGCAUGCCAGAUCAGCCGGUUGGAAGGUUCUGAGGUUGCACAUAGACGACGGGUUAGAGACGGGCACAGAGUCCACACGGACGUCGUCUGUAGAUACCUCGACGGCAGGGACAGGCUGGCCGUCCCUCCGGCUAGGUAGAGUGGCCAGCACAGCUGCUGUUGCUGGGGUCGGGGUAAUCGUCUACUUGAGAUGCUCUCGGCAAUGA